UCGGGCUGAUGUGCUCGUGCUGAAUCAGUAGCAGGGUUCGCAGAUACCUGAGGCAAGUGUCACAAUGGUGAGCUUCGUGGAGUGGAUCCAGAGGUUGCGCCGCUGCUUCAGUCACAGCUGCGAGGUGAAGAUGUGAGCGCUGCGCGUUCCGCGUCCGUCACAGCAUCGGGAUACUUGAUCAGUGUGAAAAAGCGCUUUAGACAGCACAGCUCCUCGGUGCCUCCGUGCCCUCGCACAGCUGCGGAGGUAGGCGGAGGCUGCGGGAGGACAAAGAUAUUUGUUGCAAUAAUACCAAUCGAUCGCGAUGAAGCGGAGAAAGAUCGCGGUAGCCGCUGGAUUCUGCGUGUCAUUCUUUCUGGGCACGCUGAUGAAUCUGCUCUUCAUUCCCGGGUUCGAUCACCACCAGAACCACGCCGAGAGGGUGCAUCGGUUCUACCGCACACAGCAGCAGCAGCAGCAGCGUCUCGCGGACGACACGCAACUCCGGAUCGGCGAUUCCGAUGCUGCUCCUGCUGGGAACAUCGAACCCACGACCACCAGCCAGCGGCAAACGGACCUCCAGCAGCAGAUCCAGGAAAGAUACGAGGAGGUGCUCCGAUACCGCGGCCACCAUGCGUCCUGGACGGGGACAGGUGACCCAGUUCGGCCCCUGGAGAGGAGGCGGCUCAUGGACCUCGCGCAGCGGCACAGCUGGGACUCGAAUAAAGGGACGGAGAAGUCUAACAGUCGCCUGUCACACUUGGCACCCAUGCACUCACAGCCGCAGAGGGAUCUGGCCCUGAACCCCGGGCCGGAUAACGGCACACAGGCUCUAGGCUGUAGCAGCAUAGAAAACGUGACCAGUGUGCAGUACCUGGGCUCCGGCUACACCAAGGCGGUGUACAAGGUGGUGUUGAACAGCAGCCUGGCAGUGGCUCUCAAAUCCGUGGACUUCGGGGGACACGAUAUGGAGAACUGCGUGAAGAAGUACAGCUCUGUGGAAGACUGCUACAGGCUCGCCUCGUUCAAAAUUGUGAAGGAGAUGACAUUAAUGGAGCGGUUGCGGCACUCCAACGUCCUGAAGCUGUACGGCUACUGCUACCAGGACAGCACUGAGGUGGCGGACACGGUGACGGCCAUCACAGAGCUCGGCAGCCCCCUGGAGAUGAUCCAGCUGCUGCAGACCUCCUGGGAGGAGCGCUUUCGGAUCUGCCUGAGCCUGGCGCGGCUGCUGCACUUCCUGGCUCACUCGCCGCUGGGCUCCGUUACGCUGCUUGACUUCCGACCGCGGCAGUUUGUCCUGGUCCAGGGCGAGCUGAAGGUCACCGAUCUGGAUGAUGCUAGUACUGGAGAGGCAACAUGCUCCAGGCCUGAGGACUGCAUCAUGGAGUUUCCUGCACGCAGCUUCAUCUUGCCAUGCCACCGGGGGCACUGCUUGGGAAUCAGUGAAAAGAGGAACCUGUAUAAUGCUUACCGGUUCUUCUUCACUUACCUGCUGCCACACAGUGCCCCUCCCACCCUGAGACCGCUUUUAGACAAGAUUGUCAAUGCUACAGGGGAGCUCAUCUGGGGAGUAGAUGAGACUCUGGUCCAUCUGGAGAAGGUCCUUCACCUUUACAGAACUGGGCUCUACCUGCAGAACAGCACACAAAGGCACAGAACAGGAGAGUACAAGCGUGUGCCAAACGCCUCCAUCGCAGGUGACAACUAUCGCUGCUGGCCAUCCUAUCAGCACGAAGGCUGCCUGCUGUCCGUUUUCAGUGUCCGCGAGGCCAUUGACGUGUGUGAGAGUCAUUCCCAGUGCCGUGCUUUUGUCAUGACUAAUCAGACCACCUGGACAGGCCACCAGCUUGCGUUCUUCAAAACGGGCUCGGCCAGCCUGUCCUCCACCCCAGGCAAGGUUGCGUACCUGAGGCUGAGUGACUGAAGGCAGCCUGCGGGGGCGCGAAGGACAAGAGGUGUCUCGGGACUCAGUGCUAUGCCCUGGGGGCGCUCAGCUCUUCUAGGCAGGGUCCAAAGGAGGACGGUAUAUGUCCAGAGGUCAAGGACACAGAACGCUGGUGGUACUAGUGUGCUUGUCUAGUACUUUCAGCACUGCCAGUCAGGAAGAAGAACCAAAAAAAGGGCUCAAUAUUGUGCAAUAACUUCCGUCUGAAAAUGUGACUAUCACUAGUUUUUUUUUCUUUUUUUUAAUUUUUUUUUUAUUUGCUUUGCCUUGGCUGAUACCGCUUGCAGCGUAGCUUAGUGGGAGUCUGCUUGAGCUUGCUUAUGGAUAGUCUGCUGCUCCUGUGAAGGUGUAGGGUGAGACCCUCAGGUUGUACAGAAGAGCUCCUGAGAACUCUAGCUUCCUCUUAAAGGCUUCAUUUGAGUUGAAACCUAGUGACCUCUGUCACUCAACCUGUGGUCAUGCCAGAUUUGACCCCCUCAUCCCAGGUAUUUGUUGUGAAGCUCAGAGCCUGAGCUGAGCUCUACAAAACUCCGACCCCAAGAGAUUUCUUUGAAGAGGGGUCUUUAAACCAAACUGGUUAGUUAGAUUUUAUAGUUUUACUUGGUGCUGAUUUUCACUUAAUCACCUGAACAUCAGUCUUAUUCAUGUCUGUUGGAAGCAGACUAAAGUAGAACUUGGAUACCAUCCGUUACUGCUUUUUGACAAAGUCGUCCCCCCCCCCCUUAGUAUUGUUGGACAGUCUUACCGUCUUUGAUUUUCAGUGAAACUUUAGGUCUUUAACUCCCUUACUGUUAUACUUUCUAACUGUAGGUAACUAAAUGAAAGGGGCUACGCUUUGCCUCAGUGGUGAAGGUUGAUCACCCACUUUAGGUGUUCGCCCAGUUUUGGGCGUCAUCUUUCUUCAACUGGACCCGAGGGAGGACCAGAGAAUAAAGGAGCUAAUCCAAAACUUUCCAAAGGAAAUAUAAGAAGUAGUUUAGCUGCAGUUCGCUUUCAGUGAAAGCAAGAGCAGAGCAACAACACAAAACAUGAAUUUGACAAAAUUAAUGAUUUUGUCAAGUCUCUUGUUGUUAAUUGCUGUAAAUGAUUAAAAUGGUCAAUGAUAAAAUUCUUAUUUUUUUAUGGAAAAUUAAAGCCGU